AUGAAGUUGUUGCCCCAGGGCGAGUUAUUAGAUGAGAAAAGCUGGAAAAAAUUAGCGAUGCACACAAGAUGCUCUCUAUGUCAUUGUCGUGGUUGGAAACUGAUGUGUGGUAGUGAGAAUCCAUAUGUGAUAACCAGUGCUUUUCUUGAUGAUGUUCUCUUUUCGACACCUUGCGAAACAUGCAAACACUCGCUUGGAAGACAUUUGGACAAGUUACGGGAGAAGAAGAAAAAUGAUGUUAAGAAGUUAUUGUUGAUGAUGUCAGAUGCAGAAAAAAUGCGGGAAAGACUCAUGGGAAACGAAUCCUCUGAAAUUCUGCAGAUCGUUCAGCAAACUCAGAGAGCUUUAACGAAAGAAAUCAGCAGCGGCAGUUGUGAGGGAUUAGUCACAUGUUCAUUUGGAUUCCCACCAUUUGAGCCUAUAUCUAUUGAAGACAUCGUUUCGAAUUUCGUUAUCGGCAAAAGUAGUGGAAAACAAAAGGAACUGGAAAAUAUUGUAAAAACAGCUUCAAAUUUCUUACUUGCAGUAAAUGACUGGAACAUACCGCAUGUAAGAGUAAUGCGGGAAAAAUUGUCUUCCUCGAGUAUCCUAUCUUAUCGUAUCAUUUAUGCAAGAUGGUUGCGAUUCUGUUCCUUACCCAAGAAACACGAGUCACUUCGACCAUAUUGUGUUAUUAAGAUAUUUGGUCGUAAAUUUUUAAUCACUUUACUUCCAUUCUUCGUAACUGACUUGAAAGAGCGUGCUACUUUCGUAGAACAUCAGGUCAUCGAAAAAGUAAUUAAUUUUGCAUCCGACUUAAGAAAAAUUUUGAAUUGCGAUGAUUCACUGACGGAUUCAUCGGUAAUAUUCACUUUUCCUGAAGGUGUUCCUCGCCCUACUGUCGAACAAGGAUGUUCCAUUUGGGCUGCCGAACCUCAUCAAGAUAUAAAUGCAGAUUUUUUUGAAGCAGACCUGACUUUCGGAGAAUCUAAACGAUCAAAUUCAAGCAUACACCGUGAAAAAAAACGUGAUGUUGAUGAGUCUUUAAUGGUGCGAUUCAUCGCUCGUAUGGAAUUAACAUAUAGGGUAUCGAAGCCUCUAAUGCAUAAAAUGGAUGUUUUUGAAGUAGACGUUGCUAGAAGUGAGGAAUGCAAUGGUAUCAUUUCUUUCCAUGUAAUUUCAAAUAAUUUCGACGCGGAUCAGAGUCGUCAAAAGUUAACAUGGUUAUUGCAGCUGCAGUGCUUGUUCAGUACACAACUGCCUCGCAUGCCUAAAGAGUAUAUCACGAGGCUUGUUUUCGAUAAUCGUCACAAAAAUUUGGUCAUCAUCAAAAAAGAACGAGGCGUGAUCGGAGGUAUUUGCUUUAGACAGUUUCCAGCGCAAGGAUUUAUCGAAAUCGUAUUUUGCGCUGUGACUGCAAAUGAACAGGUAAAAGGUUAUGGUACUCGUUUGAUGAAUCAUUUGAAAGAUUAUCAUGUGGGAGCAUGUCAUAUAUAUCACUUCUUGACAUAUGCAGAUGAAUUUGCUGUUGGUUACUUCAAAAAACAGGGUUUUUCCGAAAAAAUAGCAAUGGAUAAAAAACAGUAUCAUGGUUAUAUCAAAGAUUACGAGGGCGCAACAUUAAUGGGCUGCCAGUUACAUCCAUGGGUAGUUUAUACAAACUUUGCGGGGUGCUUGAAACGCCUUCACGAUCUUUACCGAAAUGCUGUGAAAGAAAGUUUUUUCGAGGAAGAGAAAAAAUGCCCAGGAGUGGAAAACGUCUUUCAGUGGCAUGAAGGAUCACUAGUUCCGUAUGCCGAACUGCCUGGAUUAGAACAAUGUGAAGAUGACUUAGCUCCGCAUGAAGAACUUGAGCACAAAAUUCGAAACAUUCUUCAUAAACUGAGAUCUGACAAAUCGGCUUGGCCAUUUCUAAAACCAGUAAAUGCGGAGGAAGUCCCGGAAUACUAUGGUUAUAUUAAAUUUCCUACUGAUUUAAAAACAAUGAAUGAACGCUGUAGAGCAAAAUAUUAUGUGCACGAAAGACUGUUUGUUGCGGAUCUUCGACGAUUAUUUAACAACUGUUUCAAAUUCAACGCACCUAAAACUUUGUAUUAUAAAGCAGGAUAUGAUUUGGCAGAGAUUGCUCGGAAGCUAUGUCAGAAAGCAUUCCCAUAUUUGGAUAUAUACCCGGAACUUCCUGAUGCAAAACCCGAACUGUAG